AGCUGUAGACGGGAUAUCUUCGCAGACCUCCAUUUCAUUGGCUUAUGCUCUUGGCCCUGAGCCAAUAGUCUCUAUGUAUAUAAACUCCUCAAGAGUGCUGAAAGACAAAGUCAAAAAGAAAAGGGAAUCUUACGGUGGUGGACUCACUCAACAACACAUCAAAAGAAAAACAGAAAAUGUGUAGAGGAUUAGCUGCAUUACCCCAAACAUGUCUGGAAAGGGCUAAAGAGAUCAAGUCUAAGUUGGGGGUUCUCCUCCAGAAGCCUGAGAAUGGCAUUGACCUGAUUAUCCUCUAUCCCGAGAAACCAGAGAAGAAGCAAGAGAAGCUUCAGAAGCCCAUUCCUGAAGAGGCUGCUCAGUGGCGUGAGUCCCUCGACCAUGUGCUGACCAACAGCUAUGGCCUGGCCAUGUUCCGUGGCUUCCUGCGCUCUGAGUUCAGUGAGGAGAACAUUGAGUUCUGGGUGGCCUGUGAGAACUUCAAAAAGACCAAGUCUCCCAUGAAGAUGACUGUGAAAGCCAGAAAGAUCUAUGAGGACUUCAUCCAGACCGAGGGACCCAGAGAGGUGAACAUUGAUCAUUACACCAAGGAUGUGACCCUGAGGAACCUGCUUGACCUUUCCUCCACAACCUUUGACCUAGCCCAGAAGAGAAUUUAUGCUCUGAUGGAGAAGGACUCCUUCGGCCGCUUCCUGAGAUCCGAGAAGUACCAGGAGCUGGUUAAAUAAGAAGAUGAGUAAGGGUAAAUUCCAAACCAAUUGGUUAUCAUUUGAAGUGGAAUUAGGCCUUUAAAAUUAUUUGAUGGAAUUGAUUCUGACUGCAGGUUUGAUAACUAAGGACAAACAUAAAGAUAGAUCUCAUUCUAAACCACCUUGACUCCAUACUGACUAAUUACUACUAUAUUUGUCUUAUAUACCUGUAGCCAAUCAACAUUUUACAAGUCAAUUAAAAAAGUAAAGAGUGUAGAAAUACAAUAUGACAAUAUGACAUUAUUUGUUAAAUGCUUAGUCCAACUGAGAGAAACAAACCGCCAAUCAAUUAAACAGUGAUUUAAACAAAUACAUUUGAACAUCACCAUUUCUUAGAAAGAUAAACCAAAGGUCAUAAUUAUUGCAGACAAAAUAAUCUGCAAUGGUUUUGUCCCAUAGACUAAAUAAAAAGAUCCUAGACAGACAGACAGACAGACCAUAUUUGUACAACAACUUUCCCAGGGAUAAAAGACCAUUGGCUUUCAGAGUUUCUGGGGAGGAGAAUUGACCUCUGCCUUGAGACUCUUAGUGACACAUCCAGUACCCAUCCAGUGUUCUAAAUGGGGGAGAAAGGGUGAGGGACUUCUUGGAACCGGACACUCUAGCAUUCCCACAGCCAAGUAGUAAACAGUCUAAGAAGAAAAGACAUACAGUAGAAACCAGGUGCCUUGAGAAGUUGUGAGAACCAUGCUCUCAUGCGAUCCUUGGGACCAGUGGUAGGCAGUUUGUUCAGUGGUUUAUGGACCACUGCAUUGUACGUUGAUAAGAUGGGAAUACCGAGUAAGAGUGGAUUUCAUAAAAGAAUAGAACUCAGUAUUUUCUCCAAGUAUUUUUUUGAGGGGAGGUGAACUAAUUGAAAGUCAGUCAUUUCACCUAAAGAUAGCAAUGAAGCAUUGGAGAUGAGUAAAAGACACAUACCCAAUACAGCAACAUCAUAAGGUUUUGUGACUUUUCUACCAUAACAAAAUAGAAAUAUAUGCACUCCAUUAUUGAUUAACUAAUCUUAUCAAGUAUUUCUAUACAGCUUCCAGCAUUUCUGUUUAUCACUCACCAUUCACUAUAAUAACAUUUCUUCACACCUUUGAUGAUCUGAAAAGUAGAUGGUUUUAAAGGGUGGAGGUAUAUCAGUAUGAAAAGGUUCUUGUAGUAUGCUCUCAGUCUAGUGUAGCAAUUAUAUAAAUACCUUACAUUGUGUUUCUAUUAUGCACAUGCAUGUUUUUAUAUAUUUUAAGGGUGCAUCUGUCAUAGCCAUAACAUUGAAGUAUUAUUACACAAAAACUCAGUACCUAUACAAGUCCUUAUUGUUGCCCCAUACACACAAUUCAACUUGCUGCAACACUGCAGGUCAGGAGUUGACAAUAUGGUCAUUAUAAUUAAUUGAUUGUCCAAUAAAAACUUUGCAAUCACUUGACAUGGUACACUAAUAGAGUUUAGUAACGAUAAGGCAAUUCCAUGUUAACAGAAUGAUGCUGAGACUCAGAUUUUUCACUUUAAAAUGUAUGUCAAACAAAAACAAUGACUGCAAAGUUAAACUAUACAACUCUAUGUUCAAGGACUACUUUAAACAAUUUCCACUGACACAUUUACUUGAAGAACAGUGCAGAUGCAAAGUUUGGUAACAGAAUGACGGUUUGUCCUGUUUGUGCCAUCCUUCUUUUACUAAACUUUGCAUCGGCACUGUUCUUCAAGCAAAUGUGUUUUUGUAAUAUUUUCAGUGGAAAUUUUUAAACAUCGUCCUAAUGCAUAGAGUUGUAUCGUUGUAUUCUCUUACUGUGGAAUUUCCCAAUACUAACACAAAACAAUAUGUUUCUGAUGUGGCAUUGAUAAGUGUAUCUGGUUGCAUAGAUUGGCCAAUCUACUGCUAUUGCUCAAGAUGUGCCUUCAGUGAAAACACUUACGGACUUAUGACUUAUGGAGUGCUAAGUUAAUAUCUAACACAUGUAUUAUUUGUAGUCAACCACAUAAAAUACAUCAAUACAUUAAAUUCAUGAAGAUGUAGUUAUUUUUCUAUGUAAAUAUCUACCAGUAUUUGUGUUGAUUAAGUUGACUACCCCACUUGACUGAAUGGGAGUUGUGGCCAAGAGAGGACUGAUUGAAGAGUAUCCAGGAGAGGACCAUGUAUUUUAACUGUCAUAAAAGAGAAAACAUCUGACUAUCUAUUGUCACUCUGUUUUAUUAUGCAAUAUCCAUGUAUUUUUUACUCUUUUUGUGAUCACAAGUUUAUCGUUUACUAAAGAACAUCUCUCAACAUAGUACCCAAGAGAAGGCCUACACAAGGAUUUUACACACACCAAGUGUUUCAUAAUAAGUAAUUAUUUGUUUGUGUGAUGACAUAAGGGAUCAAUAUUACACAGAUACAUAGGGGAGAGUGGGGUAAGUUGAGCCAAAGGGGUAAGUUGAGCCAUCCUUGUUUCUAGGAAACCAUAAAAUCCUCCCAUAAAUAACAACACUCACUAACACUCACACUUGACUUUUCCCCCCCUUACUAGCUCUGACUUUGCUUAUUGAAAACAUUUACUUACUGUGACUGUGAUAUGUGGUUGUCCCACCUACAGUAGCUAUGAAUGCACAAACUGUAAGUCACACUGGAUAAGAGUGUGUGCUUAAUUACUAAAAUGAAAAUGUAACAAUUUUGACCAUAUAUUUAAAAAGAUUUCAUCAUUUUAUGGAGUUUGUGAAGGAAGAAUCCACAUGGAAAAAGUGGUAAGCAAGUUUGGUCCAAAAAACUGAUUUUCACCAAGUCAAAUGAAUUUACUGUGUUAGAGGUAUCAUGAUGCUUGUAUCUAAACCAAAGUAGAUCAUUUUAAGAUUGUUCUAUAAAUCAGUUGGGGGUCUUUAUAAGCUUCAAUAUGAGGUCCUAAACCUAGCAUGAAAGUGCAUCCUUGUAGCUGUGUGGGCUAAUAUAAACAGAAUGUUUGCCUUGGGGUAAGUUGAGCCAAUAGUCAUUGGGUACAUUGAGCCAAUGGUUGAGCCAAUGGCAAGUUGAGCAAAUUGAAGUGUUUUCUUCCAAGGCAUAAUGCAAGGGAUUAUCACUGGGAUACAAGUGUAAAAAAAAUAGUGUUUGUUAGGUGUUAAGGCUGUGUUAAAAUAUGCUUAAAAUAAUAAAAAGACAAAAAUUGA